AUGCCGUCAGAUCUUCGACCUUCAAUCGACCGCGGGAGAGACGGGCGCGCAAGUGCGCCGUUGCUAGGCCGUAAGACGGAGGAUGACACGGUGGACGAGGGCCUGCUGGGAAGGAGCACACAUCACUUCCACGAACGAGACCCAGAGACGCAGGCCAAGCUCGAGACGAGAAGAAAGUACACCUACGCCGCUUUCCUGCUCGCGCUGAGCCUGAUCAGCUUCACCGUGCAGACGGAGACGGCCGUCUACAUCCAGCACCAGCUGAAGUGGGAGAAGCCAUACUGCAUGCUGUACAUGACGCAUGGCUCGUGGGUCGUGCUGUGGCCUUCCACUGUUAUCAUUCUACGCCUGCAGCACUGGAGCGAGCCGUGGUCGACCUUUUGGCGCAGACAUGUCCAGAUCCUGCGCCAGACGGCCCUCAUGGUCCAGCACCAGACGCUCCAUCCCACGCCUCGUCAGUCGCAAGUCUCGCCGGUCCGAUACAUGCUCAAGAUGACGACCUUCAUCACAUGCGCCCUGACCCUGGCAGGAGGCAGCUGGUACGUCGCGGUGAACAUGACGACGGCCAGCGACCUAACCGCGAUUUACAACUGCUCUGCAUUCUUCGCCUACGCCUUUAGUAUCCCCAUCCUGCACGAAAGGGUCCGCGCCAGCAAGCUCGUCGCCGUGGCCAUUGCCAUUGCCGGUGUCUUUGUUGUUGCAUACGGCGACCAAUCGCCCGCCAAACACGGCUCCAAGUCAGGAGGCGGAGCCGGCGGUGACAAGGCACCUCCUUCCCACGAGGCCGAGAACCGCGCCUUUGGCAAUCUAGUCAUCGGUGUUGGAAGUGUCUUGUAUGGACUCUACGAAGUCUUGUACAAGCGACUGGCCUGUCCGCCCGAGGGCGCAGCGCCGAACAAGGGCGUCAUUUUCGCAAACCUGUUUGGCAGUCUCAUUGGUGCCUUUACAUUGAGCGUGCUAUGGCUCCCACUGCCCUUCCUCCACUGGAUGGGUUGGGAACUCUUUGAACUGCCAAAGGGAGAGCAAGCAUGGAUGAUGGCUAUCAGUGUUUUGGCAAAUGCCACCUUUUCCGGCGCUUUCCUCGCCCUUAUUUCUCUUACUUCGCCUGUCCUGUCGUCGGUCGCUGCGCUCCUUACUAUUUUCAUUGUCGCGCUCGUCGACCAGCUCCUCCCGCCGCCACUCAACUCGCCCCUCACACCCGCCGCUAUCGUCGGCGGUCUAUUGAUAAUUGGCGCGUUUACCCUGCUAUCUUGGGCCUCGUACAAGGAAAUGGACGAGGAGCGCAGGCACAAGCUUGAGGAGGCGCCUAGCGAGGCCGACGACUAG